UCCUGGAUUCGUUUACGCGUUUCGAGGCAGCGUCAUAUAGUAUUGAACAGUUCCCGUUAGCAUUAGCGUUAGCAUUCGACGAAGGAACAGCGCAGAAGCGAAAGGGAGUUUCUGGAGCCGACCCCAGCUGACUUUGUCCAGAAGGCAGACUACACCCUGAACUGGUCGCCAGUCCGUCAAAGGCAGAAAGAGGCGACUUUCGAGAAUGCGGGGCCGUCACAGAAGUUCGUAUCUCGGCCUGCUGCUGCUGGUCUCGCAGCUCUACCAGCUGGGCUUGGAGAACAUCCCUCCCAUCACCCUGGCCAUGCUGGGCCUCAACGCUUACCUCUUCCUCUUCCCUGCAGCUCCUCUGAUGAAGGCAUGUGUCAGCGUCCAUCAGGCGUACUGGUCGGGCGAGUGGCGCCGCCUCCUCCUGUCUCCUUUCCACCACGCCGACGACAUGCACCUUUACUUCAACAUGGUGUCGUUCGUCAUGAAGGGGAUCCGUCUGGAACGCCGCCUGGGCAGCGUUUGGUUCGCAUACGUGCUGGCAGUCUUCUCGCUGCUCACCGGCGCGCUCUACCUGGCGCUGGAGGCAGGGCUCACCCAGCUGACCGAGGACCAGUCGUACAGCUCCGCCUGCGCCGUCGGAUUUUCAGGGGUGAUUUUUGCACUUAAGGUGCUGAGCAAUCACUACCACCCCGGCGGCGUGACAUACGUGAUGGGCUUCCCGGUGUCCAACCGCUAUGCCAGCUGGGUGGAGCUCGUCCUCAUCCACAUCACAGCGCCGGGGACCUCCCUGAUUGGCCACCUGGCGGGUAUCCUGGUGGGCCUCCUCUACACAACCGGACCACUGAAGAAGAUGAUGAAGAUGGGUGCUGGGCUGAUGUCAUUCAGCACUUCUGCGCCCAGAACGUACCACAGAUCCUCAGGCUACAGCGGCAGACACUCCCAAAGCAAUCAGUACACAGCAGAUGAUGGAACAUCAACGUACACGGGCGGAAUGACUGAGGAGGAACAGCUGGCGGCAGCCAUCAGGAACAGUCUUCGCGAAACAGGACGCCACGGAGACGGUGCGGCUCGGUUUGCGGCUCCACCUCCAUACGGCUUCCGCUUAACGGAUGAGGAGCUCCGUGCCAGGAGGCUGAUGCGAUUGGAUGGAUUCAUGUGAAAAAAAAAAAAUGAGAAGAGGAUUGCCAUGCUUCUUCCACCAAGUGCUGGCCACGGAAACUGAUGAGCUUUGGCCUUUUGGAAACUUUUUGAUAUGAUCGAAAAGCACUUUUUUCUAAUGCUACUUUUUUGUCUUUUUAUUUAUUUGUGAAUGGCUCCUGUUGCAUCAUUUACAUUUGUAAUAAAAUAUUAAUGAUUAUAUUAUUAUAGUUAUACUAUUAACGAGGAACCUAUUGGAGGACUGUUGUGUGUUUGGACUACAGUAAUGACUCUGACUAAAUUUAGUUGAGUGGUAAUUUAAAAGAAGGGGGAGUACUUUUCCAAGGUCCAGAAACCUUUGAGAUGCGGUCUGCAGCACUGAACAUAUCUGAUCGGAACCGUUUAGUCCCAGGGCCGACAAAUCCCAAGAACUAAAUUUGGAAAUUUGCCUUUAAAAUAUUCAGUAGUUCUCCAGUUCCAAACGCACAAUGUGCCUCCAAAGGAUACUAGUUCCUUGGUCAAGUUCCACGCUAUGUCAGUUCUUGAGAAUUUGUUAUUAGUACAAAGUACGACUC